AUGGUGGGGCCGCCGCCGCCGCUGCUGCCGGAGAUGGAGUCCGGCGCCGCCGCCGAGGCCUUCUUCGACGCCUCCGAUUCGUUGCUGCUUCCAGAAUCGGAAGAAGACGCCGGCUCCGCCACCGGGCUUCGUCUCCGGCGGGGAUCUUCCAUGUCCUCCACCCGACGUAGCAGGAGCCGGAGCCUCCUACUCGAUCCCCCCGCCGGAGCCGUCGACCGCGAGGGGAGACUCGAAACGCCGGCGGUCGGAGAAGGGGGGAGCAGCGGGGAAGCCGAAUCGUCUUCCGGCGGAUCUCCCCCUUCAUCGCCGGAUGUCCUGGUCGCAUUAACUGGUCUCGUCAUCAAGGCGCUAGGGUUUCAGAUCAGUCUGCUGGUCACCUCGGUCGCCUUCCCCUUGCGGCUGCUGUGCUUCUCCAUCUUCCUCGUCGCGGAUCCCUGCGGAACCCUAAAUCGCGGAGCAGACGCGCUGCGGCGGUUCUACGCCGCCCUCCAGGAACGGAUCGGCUCCCUGUUCUUCGAGAAUCUGAGCGGCAAUCGAGGCAUGGGAAAGAUCGCGCUGAGAGUAUCUGUGGGAUGCUUCUGGUCCCUCUACGUCUUCUUCACCCUGGUGGCAUGCCUGAUUACGGCUUUACUCAUCGGGAGGCUGAUCACGGCGGCGAUGGUGGAGGAGCCUCUCCGCUUCACAGAGGAUCUGAGCUUCGACUACACCAGGAACAGCCCCGCGGUGGAAGUGCUUCUCGGCCGUCGUCUUGUUCCUCCCGGCCGGAGACUGAAAUCCACCGUCUCCCUCACCCUGCCGGAGUCCGACUACAACCGAAAUCUCGGGAUCUUCCAGGUAGAAUCUGCUGGUCGUCUUGUUCCUCCGACUUCCCCCUCGUCGCUGACAAUCCUGAUGAAUUCCUGCGGCAAAGGUGAAGGUGGAGUUCCUCACGGCGGAGGGGAAGCGGGUCGCCGGCUCCGGGCGGCACUGCAUGCUGCGCUUCAAGAGCCCUCCGAUCAGGUUCUUGGAGAGCUUCUUCAGGUCGGGGCUGCUCCUCGCCGGGUACUCGUCGGAGUCGCAGACGCUCAGUCUGAAGAUGAGGAGCUUCACGGAAGGAGCGCCGCCGACCGCCGCCGCGAGGAUCGUCCUCGAGCCGAGGGCGGAGCACCGGCAAGCCGGCCCCGGCGCCGGCUUGCCGGAGAUCUACGCCGCGAGUCUGACGCUGGAAUCGGAGCUACCUCUGGUGAGGAAGCUGCUGUGGGACUGGAGGAGGACCCUGCUCAUGUGCAUGACCAUCGCCGCCUUCAACUCCGAGCUGAUGCUGCUUCUGGUCUGCUGCGCUCCGCUCAUUCUCCCGGGCUCUACACGGCGGAGGGUCCCCUCCUCCGCUCGGACAUAGCCGGGGCGAUUGAUCGUAUCCAAGAAGAGGUACGUGAUUGUGUAGAAACACAGAGAAAUUCAAUAUUUUUAUUGUAUAAUCUGAUGAUCAUGAACAGUAAUUAACUAGGGAAAUAAAAGUUUCCCACAAGAGCAGCAAGAAUUAUUUAUACAUCUGUAGAUAAUAUUUCUUUGCCGUUUGUUAUUCGGCCAUCUGAAGAAUUUCAUGGGGUUUCAAGAGCUUUCUGAGCUCACUUGUCGGCAUGGGCUUCAGACCCUCUUGCAGACCUUGGGGAGAAUUAUCCGAAGGAACCCGUUCCUGCAUAUUACCAAGAUUUAAUGGAGUUUUUUAAUAACUAAAAAAAAUUUGAUGGUGGAUUCGAUCAUAUGAACCUUCAUAGCCGUAAUUUAAUUUCAUACAAAGUAAAUGAGGUAAACCAUCAAGGUUUCGACCAAAGAUGGAUGCAUAUAAUUUGACUCCCUAGAAGGGCAUGACGAGGAGAAAUGCAUACAUUUAUGUAUGAUAAUAAAACGUUCCGAUCAUAGGGCAUGAAUACUUUUAUUAUUGACUGACCGACUCUAUAUAUAUGCAGGAAGGAAGAAAUUAUUAUAAACAGUCAACAUGAACGAGCUGCAGCUAGUAAAGGAAGAUCAUUUCCACCGCCCUACUGCCUAAACAGAUGAAGUGAUUCAACUACCCAGAGGGGGCUGAGAUCAUCAGAAUGACUGAGCUUUGAUUAAAGAUCCACGGUAGAGAGAAAAAGAGAAUAGGAGAGCAUUCAAUCCUGAGGGUGUCGCCACUUUUCUUUCAGAUUGGCCGAUUCUAUGCAUUUAAUCAUGAAGAUUUAAUUCUAUACGAUUAUAGUUUCUAAACGUGAACUGCCCUCGAAUGAGAAAAGAAGAUCAAUGAGUAAAUCUUCAUGAUUAGAAUUAAAUGAUGUAAUCCUCAAGGCUUUUAAUAAUAAUAAUAAUAAUAAAAAAGAUUUAACAUGCGAAAGGGAUUUAGGGUUCAUCAGGAGAGCAGAACCUCGGUUAAGAAGAAAUGAUAAAGAAAAAAAACAUAGGAUGAGACGAAUUGGGAGUAGAGAUAUGCUUACAGAAGUUCAGCAGAGACAGAAUCCCUGUUAACAUCACUUGGGAGCGGCCAGACUACUGAGUAUGGGCCCUGUAAUAUCUGCUUCUGGUGGUACGUAAUGCUGGCAUCUUCUGAAGGAGCUUCCAUCCUCCACCUUGGAGAAGAGCGCUUACCCGUCACAGUCAAGCUGGCACAAAGAGAAAUUGGGCUCGUCCAGUGAGCAAUUUGUUUCCUGGGGAGGAAUCAUUCUUCAAUGCAAGGAAUUUAUGAAGGAAUGUGACCAUACUUUUUAUCAUCAACCUCCACUUUUAUAUCAACUAUAUUCGCACCAGGGAGUUCUAAUGUGAGAACAUGAUAUACUCCGGUUUCUGCAACAUCCAUUCUCGGUGGCAAUUCUAUACCUGCAUUUGAUUCCUAAUCAAGCAAUCAUGGAAGGAAAAAAAAAACUGACUGGAGAUAUUAAUUAAAGUUCUUAACCCAUCAAAAUUAAGAAAUAUAUCAUUAAAAAUGUUUGUAAUAUGCAUGUUAACCUAAUAUUUACUGAAUCUGAGACUAGAUGCAUGGGAAACCAUUUGUUAUUUUACUCUCAUUUUGCUUUGUACUCAAAUUUAUUAUGCGGUUCAUCAGUUUAUACUCAUGAAUUUCGAUAGCGAAAUAAAAAAUCUACUUAAACAGAAAAUUAGCUGAAUUUUAUAAAUAAGUAAUACGGACGAAGGGAUCUGAGAAUGGCAUACUGCCAGGGCUAGAUCUCUCCACUGCUCUGUUGCACAGGAGCUGCUCUUUCUCACUCUCUCCACUGCCUGGCCGGGCAAACCUGGGUUGCUCUGUUGAAGCCUCCGUGUUUUCUUGUGCCGUUGGUUGAUGAAUUUUUAAUAGUGGUGGAGUGGAGACUCGCUGAGAAGGUCUAGCAAACAAGGGUCCUCCAGAAUGCUGAGAAGAGUAAUCUCCAUUUCCCGGGGGCAAACAAUUGAUGGGCGAACUCUGCUGAGCACACCCACCAGCUCUCAAACCCUAGACAAUGUAAUCAGAGCGAGAGGACCGUAAGCCGAUUGCAAUUACAACGAGCUUUGGCACGGAAAUCAGGGGAAAUUAGACUGCCUUUCACCUGCGCGACGGAAACUUGGCGCAUGAAACACGCUUGCGAUGCGGAGCCUUGGCGUGCAAAGAGCGUCCUGCUGUCGCGCCUCGGCGUCACGGCGUUCAGAGUGCUAGAACAGUUCUGACACAUUACACAACCCCAUCAAGCAUUUAGAAGAGCAGAGAAGAGGAAAUCGAAAACAAGAAGGUAGUAAAAUAUGAAUGCGAGCGAGCUUGAUUAGAUGGAAGGACUGGAAUCCCAUGCGAGCACGCAAACAGUCUUUUCCAUCUCACUCUCACGCUGAGGAAGGCUGUGUUUCUACGGAUUACCUUGAAGUGGAACAAAAAAUCUAAAACCUACGCUGUGUCCUUCUGAUCUCCCGACGACCAAGAGGUGAUGGCACACCAGAGAAGUCGGAUACAAUUAUGGAACGGAGGAGACAUCUCGCAGAAAAUCCUCGAAAGAGAGACCAUCCAGUUGAACUAGACUGCCGACGUGGAGGACGAUCCGCAGAAGAAGAGAUUAAACCAGGAAAAGAAGGCUGGGGAACUCACCACAGGGAGGAGCUGGCGGUGAGGCUGCGCGACGUCCUCCCGGCAUCCGGCAACGUGAUCGGCGAUCCGGCUCAUCCUCCUCCGCACGACUUCGCUAUCGCACCCCCGGGACUCCAUCUCCCCUCUUCCUUCCGGCAGUUAUCUCGAUCUCUCUCGCCUUGCUUCCGCGAGAAGCACAGAGAAGACCGGAAGGCCUAAAUAGGGCGAGGGGGGAGGGGGAUCGUCGGGAAUAUCUUCCCUCCCGGGAGGGGAGGGCCUCCUCCAGACGUUUUUCCUGGGGAGGAGGAAAUAUCUCGAUCAGGAGAUAUUUUCUUGGAGGUCGGCCGCGGAAUGGCCGGCCGUCGGAGAACCAUGCCGGCGCCGGCGGGUAGAGCCAGUGGCUCUGCUCUCUCAAAUGUAAGUGUGGGGGGAGGGGGGACGGAAAAAAAAAUCUCGCUCGCGUGGUUCGUCUUCAGAAGUCACGAUUCCGUGUUAGCUUAUUGGGCCGGAAUCAAAACAAUCUGGUCCAGCCCAAUAUGGACCUUCUCUCUCUCUCUCUCUCUCUCUCUCUCUCUCUCUCUCUCUCUCUCUCUCGCCCGCGCGCGCAGGCACAUCCAGUAAACAAGAGCUAGGAAGUACAUCUGUUAUAUAUCAUGAAAGAUGAUGCACUGUAGAUGCGAGGCGGAGCCCUCUCUCAUCCAUUCAGUGAACAGCAGCAAGCAAGUAAAUCCAUUUUAUAUUAUGAAAGAGGACGCAUUGCAUAUCAUCUCUCUUCUCUCUCUCUCUCUCUCUCUCUCUCUAUAAUGCCGAGGCGAUAAGCAGAAGAAGAAACAAAGAGAAUGAAAGCAGCAGGAGGCAACGAGGGUGAGGCAAAGAAGAUCAAGAAUCACGCCUCGUCCUCGAAUUGCCGAGAGUCAGCUCCAGAUCCUCUGCAAGGCACUCCGCGUGGAUCCUCUCCCCCUCCCACGCCUUCACCACCCCCUCCCCUUCUCCUCCAAAUGCGAACUCGCCCACAGCCUCCGCCAUGGCGAUGUCGGCUCCUCCUCCAGGGGUGGCAUCGCCGCCGCCGAAGAACCUGAAAGGGUUAUGA